UUAUUUCUAUAAAGCCUAAUACCCAAUUGAAAACAUAAAAUAUAUAAAAAAAGAAAUAAAUAGGCUAAUACAUAGCCCAUAAUUUACAUGACAUGAGUCACAUUCUCCCCCUCUCCGGUUGUUUCUUAGGCUCCUCCCCCUAGUCCUACUUCCAAGAUCAUUAGUCUCACCCUCUGCACUGUAUUCUCACUCACUUCUCUGGUUGAAGGAAGGAGGGAAGGUUAUUUCAGAAAUGUUCAAUUAUUACAGGCAACUCUCAUUAAUGGACGAAGUCUUUGGAUCUUAAACUAUCGGCAAAUGUUCCCCAGAGGAUGGAUGCUUGACAGGUCGCAGCCAGGGUAAUAGGGACAUCCCAGAAGAUGGUAAACCAGACGGAAGGUUAUGUGUCAGAGCUAAUAACUCGCUCCACGACUGCUUGUCUGCUUUUUAUUUUUGUGCUAUCCACCUUUCUAGGGAAUGCUCUGGUCUGCACGGCGGUGGUACGGUUCCGUCAUCUGCGCUCCAAAGUGGCAUAUGUGUUUGUAGUGUCUUUGGCUGUCUCAGAUCUCUUAGUUGCCUCGCUUGUGAUGCCAUGGAAGGCAGCAGCUGAGAUUAUGGGGUUCUGGCCGUUCGGCAGUUUCUGUGAAGUAUGGAUAGCCUUUGACAUCAUGUGCUCCACUGCCUCCAUUCUUAACCUGUGCAUCAUAAGUGUGGAUCGUUACUGGGCUAUUGCCAUCCCGUUGAGCUACGAGCAGAAAAUGACAAGAACAGUGGCCUUUGUCAUGAUAGGAGUGGCAUGGACUCUCUCUGUUCUGAUCUCAUUCAUUCCUGUGCAGCUGAGUUGGCAUAAGACUCCCGGCCAUAUAGAAGACCUGGUAGAAAUAUCGGAAAAAUGCGAUGCCAGUUUGAACCGCACUUACGCCAUCACUUCGUCUCUAAUCAGCUUCUACAUCCCUGUUUCCAUAAUGAUUGUCACUUACACACGCAUCUUCCUCAUAGCACAAAGGCAGAUCCGAAGGAUAUCAAUGCAAGAGUGCAACAUUAAACAUGUCCAGUCCUGCCAAAGCUGCAAUAAAGCUCCUGAAGAGAAGUUAAAAAGCUCAUUUAGGAGGGAAACCAAAGUCCUGAAAACUCUGUCGAUGAUCAUGGGUGUGUUUGUCUGCUGUUGGCUUCCUUUCUUCAUUCUCAACUGCAUGGUGCCAUUUUGUGACCCUGGCCUCCACAACGCCGGGCAGAUCCCAUGCGUCAAUAAGACGACCUUCGACGUGUUUGUGUGGUGUGGGUGGGCAAACUCUACCUUGAAUCCUGUAGUGUAUGCCUUUAAUGCAGAAUUCCGCAAAGCGUUCUCCAGUCUCUUGGGAUGUGGGAAGCUGUGUUCUCGGAAUACUGUUCAAACGGUUGACUUCAGCAACGAGCUGGUGUCGUAUCAUCGCGACUCCACGAAUCUUCGAGAUGUUCACCUCUUCGGUCACCACUGUCCGCAUCCGCAUGCUGUCAGGGAGAUAAGUGAAGAAGACAUGUGCUUUGAUACAGUGUCACAGAUGGCUGAAGUCCCUUUUGAGACUGAAUGUAACUUUGUUUAUGGGGAAAGGCCUCCUAUGGUGGAUCAUGGAGAAACAGAAUUAUCCUUGGAUAAAAUCAUAUCAUGUGUCUCUUGAACAUGUGGCUCAAAAUGUAGGCGAAUCUCCUAUAUCUGGAAUACUGUGAUCUGCAUAUGUUUAGGCGUACUUUGGCUGAGAGUAAUUGUUUUGUAUGUUUUGUAUAUUAGACAAACUGAGUGAGAUGAUUAAUUGUGACUAUAGAGAACUAUAGAGAACUGAUUUUGAAUGCUGUUUCUACAUACUCUGCUGCUCAUUAAUCUUUUAAAAGGUCACUCUCACUAUGAGAUAUAAUUAAAUAUCCUAUAGAACCAUAUUUUACCAGCUAAAGCUCAUAAUGCAUUAUCAACUGUUAUUUCUACUUGAAAAUUCCCAAUCAUUUUCAGUUAACUUAGUGGAGGAAAUAAUAAUCAUAUUCUAUCAUGUUGAAAAUUUUUGUUCACUUAGCUAAAAAUUAAUAACCCCUGACUUUGAAAUGUCCUCUAUUCUCUCUUAAAGGGAAAGGCACUGACAUAUUUUGUUUAUUUAUUGGUUUGUUUGUUUGAGCAUGGCAUAUGAGAUCAAUGGAAAAUAUGAAAGGAACAAUAUGUAGGAUUUUGCAGUAAAAUAUCCAAA